AUGUCUGGAUCCCCUCCAUCAAAACCCUCGGAGCCAUCCGCAGAGAUCAAGCCUCGGGGACAUCCCUCCUCUCCCAUAGUCACGGCUGAGCGGUCUAUUGUGCCUGCAUUGGAACUGUCGCAAGGUCCGGUGAAUGAGCCACUGCCACGGUUGGGAUAUAACGAACAGGGACCGGUAUAUGCAGGAUCUCCACUACCAGGAGCACAAGGAGCACCGUCAUGUCCACUCCCAACAUUGGAUCCAACACAUACCACAGGUCGCUCACUGGCACAAAAAUCAACCCGACGCACAAAGGCCCAUGUGGCAUCGGCUUGUGUCAAUUGCAAGAAAAAGCACCUUGGAUGCGACCCGGCUCGUCCAUGUCGAAGAUGUGUGCUUGCUGGAAAAUCCGUAAGUGUUGAGAAAUUUCCAUGA